AUGAUAAGCGUCAUUUGCUUCCUUAAAUCAAUUGUAGAAUUUGAGGACUUAAAACAUUUUCUGAUAAAUGAGAUUUUCAUUUCAAGCUGCUCAAUAAUAAUCAAUGUAAUUUAAAGUAUUCAGUAAAGAAGGUUUUAGUAACACAAGUAGCAACACAUCCUUUUAAAUAAGUAUCAGAAUCAGAUUGA